AUGGACUUAACCUCCAAUCCCACCGCCUCUACAAGUCCUGAUGAUGCUGAAAACGAUUUGAAUCCCUUAUCCUUAACCAACGGCGCAUUCAAUAAUCACCUCCGUCCGACUCCGCUGCCACCAACGGUGACGUAUAAAGAAUGUUUGAAGAACCAUGCAGCCAGCUUGGGUGGGCAUGCUGUGGACGGUUGUGGAGAGUUCAUGCCUUCACCUUCGGCCACCGCCACAGAUCCCACAUCGCUAAAAUGCGCUGCUUGUGGCUGCCACCGCAACUUCCAUCGCCGUGAACCUGAAGAAACCUCCACCGCCACCCCCCAUUUUCUUGAUUUCCGCCACCACCCUCCGCUGCCACCUAUCGGGUCUUCUCCCUCUCCCUCCCCUUCCCCGCCACCACCACAACCAUCAAAAACUCCCUCAUAUGCACCCCGCAUGUUCCUCUCCCUCAGCACCGCCUUGCCGGAGGACCACCAACAGGCACCGGUAACGCCGACAGCAUUCAAAACCGAUAAUCUAAACGGCGGCAGGAAGCGGUCGAGGACGAAAUUCAGCCAGGGUCAGAAGGAAAAAAUGUAUUCUUUUUCAGAGAAGCUGGGGUGGAAAUUGCAGAAAUCCGAUGAGGCGGCAGUGGAAGAGUUCUGCCACCAGAUUGGCGUCACUAGAGGUGUACUCAAGGUUUGGAUGCACAACAACAAGAACACCUUUGCAAAAAGAGAAACGAACACCACCACCACCACCACCCCCAUCAGCAACGAUAAUAUUGUUAAUGAUGAUGAAAACAAGAAUACUAAUAGGUCUUCUUCAUCAUCUUGA